CUCAUUGCAUGUGGAGUAGUGAGGACCCGCCAACAUAGCAAACACAUGAAGAGCCUGCUCAACCGGGGAAGUUGAUUCGAUUAAUAUUGUGAACAUGUUUGUCGCCCAGAGUAUCGCAGCAGACCACAAAGACCUCAUCCAUGACGUGUCUUAUGACUUCCACGGCCGGAGAAUGGCAACAUGUUCCAGUGACCAAAGUGUCAAGGUUUGGGAUAAAAGUGAGAAUGGAGAGUGGCAGUGCACAGCGAGUUGGAAGACACACAGCGGAUCUGUCUGGAGAGUUACCUGGGCACAUCCAGAGUUUGGCCAAGUUUUGGCGUCAUGUUCUUUUGAUAGAACAGCGGCAGUGUGGGAGGAGAUCGUUGGAGAAUCAAAUGACAAACAGAGAGGACUGAGCCACUGGAUUAAGAGAACCACACUAGUGGACAGUCGAACGUCGGUCACUGAUGUGAAAUUCGCCCCUAAAUACAUGGGCCUGAUGUUGACCACUUGUUCUGCUGACGGCGUGGUGAGGAUCUACGAGGCCCCGGACGUCAUGAAUUUGAGCCAGUGGUCCCUGCAGCACGAGAUUUCCUGCAAGCUCAGCUGCAGCUGUAUCUCCUGGAACCCAUCAAGCUCUCGUGCUCAUCCUCCAAUGUUUGCCGUCGGUAGCGAUGACAGCAACCUGACAAGUGUUGGAAAAGUCCAGAUCUACGAGUACAACGAAAACACAAGGAAAUAUGCCAAGGCAGAGACACUGAAUACCAUUACAGAUGUAGUCCAUGACAUUUCCUUUGCGCCAAACCUGGGAAGAUCCUUCCAUGUACUCGCUAUUGCGACAAAAGAUGUCAGAAUUGUCAAUCUUGUGCCAAAGAGGAAAGAGAGCACGUCGGCUGGACCAACCAAGUUCGAUGUGGAGGUGGUAGCUCAGUUUGACAACCACAACUCCCAGGUUUGGAGGGUGAGUUGGAACAUCACCAGCACUGUACUCGCUUCCUCCGGAGAUGAUGGCUGUGUGCGACUGUGGAAAGCAAACUACAUGGGAAAAUGGAAGAGCACAGGAAUCCUGAAAGGUGAUGGUAGCCCGCUGAUGGGAUCUUCCAGUCAGCCCACGUCCAUGAGCACUGUGGUGGGCACUUCUGCUCAGAUAUCCCAGAAUGCCUUCAACGGGGUGUCUGGAAAAAGUCUGGGACAUUGACCCUCCAGGAGUCCCAGCAGACUAAUGCAAAGAGCUUUGCUUUGCACUGUCCGGCACUUAGUGGUGUGAAGCCCCAGAGCAGAAUGUGUAUGUGCAUCAUUUCGCUUUUUUUUUUUUUUUUUUUGAGGAGUUAAUUUCACUCAUUAAUGCUGUAUGUCAAUAAAUAUGUCUUACUUAGUUGGACUUGGAUUUUAUUACAGUGAAACUUUUGUAAUUUGUCUGGCAUUUGACAGUUUUGACAUUCAUAUCUGUGUCUUUUUUUUCUAUUGACUGAUUUCAUAAAUCUGUUCUUGGAUAUUUUGUACCACAACAAAGUUAAUAAGCCUAAAUAACUACUAAAGCAUGAAUAAAACGCUUUGAGCUCGAAGUGUAGUUUGUGAUUGUGAAAAAAACAUUGCUAUCUUCAUCUUUGAAAAAGAGACGGUCAAGAAACUAAAACAUGGGUGUCCCAAGAACCGAAGCAUUGUCAACAUCUAGUUUGUUGCACUGAAAUGUUCAGCAUUUGUGUUUUUUCAGUCAUUCUAAAACAGAUUGAAGGACCGACUGUUGCUAUUUUUUCAUAAUUCACCAGUACAGCACUGGGUGUGCUGUUGGUUUUACAGUUUUAAACCUAGAAAAACAAAGGUCCAAAUUGAGUACCUCAUGUCUGAGAAAUGUCUUGUCAGUGUUAGGCUGAAGUAUGCUGCAUUUUUUUCGGCAAGAAGGUAGUGGUUCGGAGUCCACUUUAUGGGAACUUUGGAACUACUUCUGUCUCUGCGUUACUCCUGUUUCCCCCCAUAAUCCGACAUCAUACAGUGGUCAAUUGGUGUGUUCAUAGAUCAUCCAACAAAGGGUCCCCUGCUUCUCGCUACCAGGAUCGACUCAACCCCUGUGUAAACCAGCGGGAACAUGCUUGAUAAAAGAAUGUGUCAGGCACAUUCGCACACAAGUCACACUAUAAGUAACAGAGCUUCAAUAAUUUGCCUGUGCACAGGAGAACAGCUGCUGUGCAAUAGCAAAUAUUGAGACUGUGGCAGAGAAAUGAGGAUGUUCCAUUUGACUCCAAAGUGGUCAACUUAAUCUCCUGCUUGACUUUGUGCUAAUUCUUGUCCUCUAACUUGAUUAACCGACUU